AUGAUGGCUGACUACCAAUACUAUCGUUCAGUGAUAUCCCGCAUACGAAGACCCAGCGUGAGGAUCACUUACCGCGAGCGAAAGUCCGACGAGUUGAGCCUCGAGACAUACAUGUCUUACGGGCUUGGCUCUUCAGCCAAUGGAAGAACGGUGUCGCAGAUACUUUGCAGUAAUGACCGCGCCUCUGAAGGACGGUGCACGGAUCCCGGUUUGAUGGCGUGUUCAAGGUGUGCCCUCGUAAAGUACUGCUCUGGGCGAUGUCAACGCCAACAUUGGCCCAAGCAUCGCGUUGAUUGCGAGCACCCGUUUGUUGACCCAAAGUGGCAACCGAAUUGGGUUGUAGAAGAAAGAGCGCCCUUAUUCUACCGUCCGAAAAGUCGGACCGUGUCGCCAGCUCAAGAGAUACAUCGCCUAUGGGGACAUUUUCCAGCGUAUGACUGCAUACAGAUGGGCCGCAACGAGGGUCUGGCCUGCAAGGAUUAUAAUUUCAAGAUUUGUCUCGCUGCUACAAGCGACAUUCGUAACCUCGUCAAGACCAUCAACUCCCUUCCGAAACACUACCAAGGGAAAUGCGAUAUCCUUAUCAACCACACCGACUCGGUGGUUGUCACGCGCAACCUCCUCAUCCUAUACGUCCUCCUCAGUCCUGGACCCUCAAUCGAAGAAGCAGCCGAACUCGCCACACAUUUGAUGUAUUCUUCCAGACUCUCUCCCGCGAUGGCUGCCUACUUGAGACGGGCCGUUCAGGACAUAUACGGUGACGGCCCAACGGACGGCGAUAUGUCCUUCCAGAGCUUUAUGAAGACAAGGGGGAGGGGGAAGCUCUUUUCCGUACAGCCAACUGCGGGAAUCAAGCGUCCGAUAGAGAUGCUGCUCUCGCGGUACGAGCUCCCCAAGGCGAUGAGGAGGAUGCGGGACGUCCUGUUCGAUCCCUUCCGCGUCGAUGAUAGACAUCAGAUGCUUUCAGGACUCAAGCCCGUACAUCGUAUGGCUCUGAAUCAGUUUUGGAAGACUGGCGUUUUGGCGCCGUUCUCCAUGGAUGUUAGUCCUUUCACAGAACCCAAUCGACUCAUGUUCUCCGCGAAAGGGGGAUGGCUGGGCCAAGAAGACGAUAUCAACCCCCUCCACGGCUGGGACGUAUCAAGUGUUCAACGUAGCGGACUCAAGCACGGGCUGGACCCAUCCGGAGAUAUUAUAGGAUGUCUCUUUUUCCACGUCAAGCAGCAGCUCCGGGAGUUCAGCUUGCGCGUGAAGGAGUUCCACAUCAACAUUCACCUCACACAGUACGAUUCCCGCUUGUUAUCUAAAGGUAUCGCCGCGGGGGUCUUGCCGGCCUUUGACCGGGCCUCCUUUGACCGUGUGGAUAUUGGCGAUAUGGGUGAUCACCUCGGGAUUAAAGAAUGCUUGGCGAAUUGGGGACCAUUGCUGAACAUAGCAAAUCGCUAUUCUUGCCUCGUCAUGCAUUCGACUAAAUGGUAUCAUGAUCGACCGUAUGUAACGGCGAGGGAUAACCCGAGGGUAUUGGACUUCCUGAAAGAACGGUGUCAAAGUCUGCCUUCUGUGGACUCGCGCCUUAAACAGCUGCUAGCACAGGGGGCUCAUUCUCCUUCUGUGUAUCGCCUGAUUGAAUCACUGGACGCGUUCGUUGAUCAUGGAGAAGCCUUCCAGAAGUACCUUCUCACUCAGGAGCUGAAUGAAGGGGAAGCGACUGUGGAGGACUUGGAGUUACGCCUCAGGACGCAUAACCGAGUCCACCCCAAGAGGUUUGGCGUGCCAUUGGAUGCGCCCGAACAGACGCUACCAAACUUAUCGAAGGACGAAUUUUAUAACCUCUUCACGAUUGGAGGUGCUGAGUUGCCGGUACGAUUCGUAGAGUUCGAGCCUCUGUAA